AUGACUUACGGCGGUAGAGACCAACAGUACAACAGAGACAACUACAGCUCUCGUGGAGGUGAUUUCCGUGGGGGAAGAUCCUCUGACAGAAACUCGUGGAACAGAGACGGUGGCUACUCUAACGGCGGAGGUCGUGGUGGCUACCAACGUGGUGGUGGCUACACCGAACCACAGGAGCUGAUUGCUCCUAACUGGGACGAAGAAUUGCCAAACUUGCCAAAAUUCGAAAAGAACUUCUACGUGGAACACGAAACUGUUCGUGACCGUUCCGACGAAGAAGUGGCUGCUUUCAGAAAGGCCAACGAAAUGACCAUUUACGGUAAAAACAUUCCAAAGCCAAUCACCAACUUCGACGAAGCUGGAUUCCCAGACUACGUGUUGACAGAAGUGAAAGCUGAGGGUUUCGAAAAACCCACCGGUAUCCAAUGCCAAGGUUGGCCUAUGGCUCUCUCUGGUAGAGACAUGAUUGGUGUUGCCGCCACCGGUUCCGGUAAGACCUUGUCUUACUGUCUACCUGGUAUCGUGCACAUCAACGCCCAGCCUUUGCUAUCACCAGGUGAUGGUCCAAUUGUCUUGGUGUUGUCUCCAACCAGAGAAUUGGCCGUUCAAAUCCAAACGGAGUGCUCCAAGUUCGGCAAAACUUCCAGAAUCAGAAACACUUGUGUUUACGGUGGUGUUCCAAAGGGUCAACAGAUCAGAGACUUGACCAGAGGUGCCGAAAUCGUCAUUGCUACCCCAGGUAGAUUGAUCGACAUGUUGGAAAUCAACAAGACUAACUUGAAGAGAGUCACCUACUUGGUGCUUGACGAAGCAGACAGAAUGUUGGAUAUGGGUUUCGAACCCCAAAUCAGAAAGAUUGUCGACCAGAUUAGACCUGACAGACAAACUCUGAUGUGGUCCGCUACCUGGCCUAAGGAAGUGCAACAAUUGGCUGCCGAUUACUUGCACGAUCCUAUUCAGGUCAACGUCGGUUCUUUGGAAUUGGCUGCUUCCCACACUAUCAAGCAAAUCGUCGAAGUCGUCAGUGAGAUGGACAAGCGUGAUCGUUUGAUGAAAUACCUAGAGAUGGCCUCCGAGGACAAGGACUCGAAGAUCUUGAUUUUCGCUUCCACCAAGAGAGCUUGUGACGAUGUCACCAGAUAUCUAAGAGAGGACGGAUGGCCAGCUUUGGCCAUCCAUGGUGACAAAGCUCAAAACGAGCGUGACUGGGUUUUACAGGAGUUCAGAACAGGAAGAUCUCCUAUCAUGGUGGCAACUGAUGUUGCCGCUAGAGGUAUUGACGUCAAGGGUAUCAAUUUCGUCAUCAACUUCGAUAUGCCAGGUAACAUCGAAGACUAUGUGCACAGAAUCGGUAGAACCGGUAGAGCCGGUGCCAGCGGUACAGCUGUCUCAUUCUUCACUGAUGCUAACAAGGGUCUAGGUGCUCAAUUGAUCAGCAUCAUGAGAGAAGCCAACCAAGAGGUGUCUCCAGAAUUGAGCAGAUUUGACAGAAGACAGCACGGCGGUCACCCAAGAUAUGGCCGUGGUGGUUUUGGAGGUCGCGGCCGUGGUCGUGGCGGUUACGGUGGCCGUGGCGGUCGCGGUGGCCGUGGUGGUUACGGUGGUAACAGACAGAGUGACGGUGGAUGGGGAAGCAGAGGUGGUAACAGAAACAUGGGUUAUUAA